AUGAAAUUCCAUCUCCUACUUCUCCUUCUGUUCCCCCAAAUCUGCGAAGCCAUCGACAAACUUUCCGAAGUGGAAGCUUUGGUAGUUCUAACCGACCUCAAACUUCUCAAAUUCCCAUUCAAAUAUAAAUCGUGCUACAACAAUGUGCCCAAAAUGUUGGACGAGAAGGAGUUCAGCGACUUGAGAGCACUUGCACUACCGUACGCAAUUGAGAUGCACAAUCCCGACGCUGCGAAAUAUGCCGAGUUACACAAACUCAUCGCCAACAAAAAUCGCACGCAACACGUGGAAAUCGACAAAGAUCUAUCAGAAUCUGCGAGAGAAGGUGUUGACCGUAUUGAAAUCAAUGGCUUCAAUUUUGUGGUUCAUUUUAAAAACACUGGAAGGGGAACCUUGGUAUACGGGGUAAAUUAUGAGAAUGGAAAGUUCUAUUUGAUUUCGGAAGAGCGUUUCGAUUGUCCACAAUAA